AUGCGGACAGCGUCCAACGGCCAAGCUAGUGGCCGCUUGCUCGAGCCGGCGAUGUCGGCGGGAGAAGCUCACGCGUCGCCGGCCUUGCAACCUGAACGCACACUGGGCGUGGAGAAUACUGCCCACGGCGGCAGCACGCUCCGGGAGCACGAACAGGAUCCCGUGCCCAUCGACGCCGACGCCAUGACGGGUAUGGUCGGCGACCCAGCGCGCAGCGUCGAGUUCUUCGGCACCAGCAGCGCCGGCUCGUUCCUGCGGCAGAUCAACUCGGCAAUCGAUGCACAACUCGGACAGACUCCGGCGACGACGCCCUGGGACCUCGAUGGCGUCAGUCCCGUCCGGGCGACGUCGGGCCACGGUAGCCGUGGCAUGAAGCUCAAGGAUCCGCAGGACUACAGCCUCCCGCAGCGGACGUUCGCGGACGACCUGUUGCGAGCGUAUCACGACGAGGUCUGGGCUGUGAUCCCCGUCCACGACUGGGUCGUCUUCUGGGGAACGUACAAGCGCGUCUGGCUGGGGUCGGCCUCUCCGAUCCCUGAGCAGACACUGUACUGCUUGCUGAAUUUGGCGUUUGCGCUCGGCAGCCAAUUCUCGCAGGCGAUCGACCCGGGCCAGCGUAGGGUGGUCGGGCAGUCGUUCUGGAACCGCGCUCGGAAGCUGUUUGCGCCGCAUACGCACGACGGCGCAUCGAUCGAGCGCGUGCAGUGCAUGCUCCUCAUGGGGCUGUAUCUACAAAGCACGUGUGAGACCUACGAGUGUUGGAUGACUAUCGGCUCGGCGAUUCGCAUGGCGCAGAGUCUGGGCCUACACCUGGCCCAGUCGACCACGCGGGUCCUGGCUUUUCGAGAGAUUGAGAUUUCCCGACGCGUAUGGCACGGAUGCGUGUACAUGGACAGGGUGCUUUCCAUGACCUUCGGCCGACCGAGCAUGAUCGCCAGAUGGGUCCCGCCUACGCUUCAGGUGCCACUGCCUUCGAUGAUUGACGACGAGUUUCUCGACACCCAACACACACCCGCAGCAAUGCGCCCCGACGGCCAGCCCGCGAUUACGGCUUUCUUCGUCAAGACGCUCGAACUCUACGACAUUGUGAACGACGUCCUUCUCGAGCUCUACCAGGGCGCCGCGGAUGUGACGAGCAAAGAAACCCGCCAUCUCGUGGCCGUGCUGCAGUUCGACGAUCGUCUCCUUCAAUGGCUCCGGUCGCUGCCCGAGCACCUGAAAUACUCUUCCAACUCGAGAGACGAGGGCAUCGUGUACGAGAGACAGCGGAUUGUUCUCCAGGCCCGAUACCUACAGGCCCGGAUCGCCGUCCUCAGACCUGUCCUUGCAGACUACUACCUCAAGCCGGUCAGCUCGAGACUCCGCCCGCAGCUGAGAGAAUGCAGCCUGUCCCAACACCUCAUCAACCAGUCGGCCGCGCUCUGUUUCGAGGCCGCCCACGAGAUGAUCGACGUUCUCUACGCGAGAUUCGACUUCGAGACCGUGACAGGGCCCGUCCCAGCCUGGUGGUUCGCCGUCCUCUUCAUCUACACGGCAGCCACCGUCCUACUGGCCGAGCGCCUCCGCCCCAUCGACAACGGGACUCACCACUCUGCUAGGGGUUCUGAGAACGUCUCCUGGGACAAGGCGAUUGAGCUGCUCAAGGCGUACGCGCGGGUCGGCCAGUCUGCCGAACGGUGCAACGCAGCGCUCGGCAUUUUGUCCGCAAAGAUCCAGGCCGCCACCCAGACCGCGGGCACCAGGGGAGCCUCCUACGAAGUGGCCGUUCAUGAGGGCUCCGCCAGCGCCGUAGCCACGGCGGGCGCAGAAUUGGGCCAGCCGAGGCUUGAUGAGGAUUUGGCCUUCCCCGUCGACUUUGGGGAUAUGGAUUUCAACAUUGACGACAUGCUGUGGUUGAACACGUCGGCUGCAGAAAUUAUAUUCUGA